GAGCAGUCAGGCAAAACAGAAGGCGGAGGGAGGUGCAGAGAAAGUGACAAGAAGGUCAGGGACAGCCGCGCUCUGGGUUAGCUUCCUCAAGACCAGGAGACGUCAGCGCCGGCGAGUGGGACGGAUGGAAGCGGAGGGGAAGAAGUGAACGAGGUAGAAGAACAGAAUCGACUUGACAACCAGAGAAAAAUGGCAAAUUAUGGCUUCACAAAGUGUUCAACGGAGGAUUAACUGAGGAAGCACCUGGACUUUGGGCAUUUAUUUUCCCUUUGGUGCAUGAAGAAGAACUUAAAAGGGAUCAGAACUUACAGCAAGCUGCCCGACGCUUUGGCCGAUCUAGAUCUCACGUCAUCAGCCAAGAAAGAUUGAACAACGACAAAGACAAACAGAAACUCUUGUCCUCCACAGAACUGCAGGGACAGCAUCCGUUCAGCAAGACCUCCAUUCCUCCUGUCGGACUCUGUCCAGUCUCUGCGUCACCUCCCCAGUCUUUGGCAGCCGAGCCCUUCUCGAUUCCUUCCUCCUUCCAUCGACCUGAAGGUCUAGGUGGGUACAGUUCCAGUACUGCACCGAAGCCCCUGAACCCAGCACCGACAACCCAGCCCCCGGCACCUGGCACCCAGCAACCAUCUCCAGCACCCAGCACAGAGCACCCAGCACCCAGCACAGAGCACCCAGCACCAGCGUGCCGAACCCGUCAGGCGGCGUCCAGGAUGACCUUUGCCAUGCUGCGGGCGGCGCCCGGCGCGGGCCGCUACCUGUACAGCGACAUCGCCCUGCUGUCGGAGGACGACGACGACAACGGCAGCUCGGGCUCGGGCUCCGAGGAGCGGGGGGGCCUCAACGGCACCUCCUCCUCCUCCUUCCGCAUCUCCUCCUCCUCCUCCCCGUCUGCCUUCCACAUCAAGGUGAACAGGAAGAGGAAGCUGAGCGGCGGCGGCGGCGGCGGCGGCGGUGGUGGCGGCGGGGGCGGCGGCUGCGGCGGUCUGGGACUAGGGCUCGGCGGCGGCGGCGGCGGCGGCGGCGACGACGGGGGUCUGUUGACCCCCGGGGCUCCCGGAGAGUUCCGGCAGAGGAACGCGGCCAACGCCAGGGAACGCGACCGCACCAACUCUGUCAACACGGCGUUCACCGCGCUGCGCACGCUCAUCCCCACGGAGCCCGCCGACAGGAAACUUUCAAAGAUCGAGACACUGCGAUUGGCCAGCAGCUACAUCAGUCACCUGGGAAACGUGUUGCUCUUGGGUGAAGGUCUCCAUGACGGACAGCCAUGCCAUGGCCCCUCUCCACCGUUCUUCCACCUAAGCUCCUCCCCUUCCCGGGUAUCGGACCAAUCACCGCAGCCAAAACACAUCUGCACCUUCUGCCUCAGCAAUCAAAGAAAAAUGAACAAAGACAGAGACAGAAAGUCAGCAAUCAGAAGCUAGCGAUGAAGAAUUGCAGCACACUCUUCCUCCACUGCCGAGGAGCUCACGGGCCCGACGGGAACGCCACCCACACGCAGGAACCCAGCCACUGGCUUCCAGAGACGUUGUACAGACAUUGGUGAUGGAUGUGACUGAUGGCUGAGCCUUGAGCUUCUGCAGCACUUCAAUGACUAUUCAAGGACCAUUCGUUACCCCGAAACUCUUUGUCUCAAAUUCAAAAUCCUAAAAGGUGAACCAAAACACUUUUCAGAUCGUUUUUUUUUUUUACCUGAUGUACUUUAUUAAACCCCAGUUGUACCGGUUCUUUUGAAUAAUAAUGCAUUUAAAGGUUACUUCACAUUGUCCCCCCCUCUGGGGAACUUUAUAUAUAACAGCACCUUCAAAUGACUUUUGGUUCCGCUGCAUGAAGAGCAGAUGGUUCUUUGAGUCUGAAAAACAAAUUGGUCGUCAUCAAGGACUUUGUAUUAUUGAUGUGUAAACUGCAUUGUAUAUUAUGUAUAUUUAUGUGACCCAUUAUUAUAAAAGGAUACUAUUAUAUUUAACAGGCAUAUUGCAAUUGGAAACAAAUAGGACUAUUACAUUCAGUGUUACAUUAACAAAAAAACAUUCUGGGAUUUUUGUGGUACUGGCAUUUCUUAUAAUCAUUAUUCUGAAAUGCCCUGAUUGUGGAAAAUAAUUAAAAAUGAACAAUAAAUAAUUGUGUAUAUAUAUGG